ACAGACGUUCAGGAACUUCACAAAGACUUUUCAGUGGUGUUCUGCUGAGAUUAAAAUGGCAAUGUCAGUGUUCCGAGAUAGAGAUCAGUACAACUGCUCAGUGUGUUUGGAUCUGAUGAAGGAUCCGGUGACGAUUCCCUGUGGACACUCUUACUGUAUGAGCUGCAUCGAAGCCUACUGGUCACAGAAUCAGAUCGGUACAACUCGAUGUCCUCAGUGCAGACAUGAAUUUCCUACAAGACCUGCACUGAACAAAAACACAAUGCUGGCUGAAAUCCUUGAGGACCUGAGGACCACCACGUAUGAGAGUUCCCUUCCUGCUCUGGCUGUUGCUUAUCCAGGAGAAGUUGAGUGUGAUUUCUGCACUGGUGUAAAGCUCAGAGCGGUGAGAUCAUGCCUGGAGUGUCGGGCAGCGUACUGUGAAACACAUCUCCAGCCUCACCAUGACUUUCCUGCUCUUCGGAGACACAAGUUAAUCGUUGCCACCAGGAUUCCGACGUGUCCGAGACACGAUAGACUGCUGGAGGCUUUCUGUCGCACCGACAACACGUGCAUCUGUAUGAGCUGUGUGGUGGACGCGCACAAAGGCCAUGACACGGUUUCAUCUGCAGCAGAAAGAGACCAGAAACAAGUCAUACUGCAGGAUCAUAAAUGCCAAUUUGUGGAGAAACGCAAAGAAAAAGAGGAAGCGCUUCAGGAUCUGCAAAAUGCCUUUGAGGCCCAUGUAAAGUCUGCACAGCAGGCAGUGGAGGACACACAGCUAGCCUUCAGCUCACUAAUCGCAUCCCUUGAGAAAAGCUGCACUGAGGCGAUUGACAGAAUCAAAGCUCAGUUGGAGAUUGACAAGGAUCGAGCUUUAGGUCUUCAAGAACAACUGGAGCUUGAACUUGCCAUGUUGAUGGGAAAAGAAGAACUCAUAGACAAGCUUUUACAGACAGAGGAUAACAUUGACUUCCUUCAGAACUUUGAGACCAUGCCCAGUCCCUCUGGAGAUGAAGAGGUGCCCUGUCGGUCUUUAGAGCCACCCAUCUCUUUUAGUGAUGCGAGCAGCAUGGUUUCUGAAUUUAUAGAGAAUCUGGGGGCUUUCUCCAAGCAGACAGUAGACAACAUGUUUGCAAACUUCCAUAUCAAGGUUGGUGACAGAGUUCGAGUGAAAUCUUCUGUGAACACACCUAAAUUUAACUGGGGUAACACUGUCACACACGAGAGUGUAGGCCUAGUCAAAUCCAUAAGUGAAGAAACUGUGAUCAUUGACUUCCCAGAACAUAAAAACUGGAAAGGACUCCUGUCUGAAAUGGCACGUGUAACUGCUCCUGAUGAAUCAGUCCAUAUCAGGGUCGGUGACAGAGUUCGAGUGAAAUCUUCUGUGAAUGAACCUACUUUUGAAUGGGGCCGUGUCACACACGAGAGUGUAGGCGUGGUCACCUCUGUAAAUGAUGAAAUUUUGAUUGCUGACUUCCCGGAAUAUGAAGCCUGGAAAGGACUCCUGUCUGAGAUGGAGCUUGUGGACAUCAAUAAAUCAACUGGUGCUGAUGAAUCAGAACCUCCACCUCAACAAAAAAAAGGGAAGUUGAAUGUUAAACAUCGAAAAUACAAUUUUGGAAAGGUCUUGCUGGGGAAGAAAUGACUGGAUUUCCUGGAGCAUUCUGUGUUGGCAUUGUCUCUGAGAUGGAAACUGUGUCCUGAAGUACACAAGAUUUGUAUUCAUAUUG